UUGCAUAGCUACAUAGUUGCAGAGCGCAAGAUCCUCACGAAAUUUGUCUUAUUUCAACAGUUUUUUUUUGAGAUAGUCCCCAAUUCUGUUAUUAGAAGAAGUCCUAUAGAACUUGUUCAUAGUUCUAAUUUUCAGGUAGCUCACUUCGCCGAUCAAGUGAAAAGCCGGUUUCCUGAUUUAAAUGUGCUGUUGUGCAACGCUGGUGUGCUAAAUCCACGACGAGCUGAGACAAAGGACGGGCUGGAAAUGACAUUUCAGGUUAAUUUGUUUACAAAUCUGUAG